GAAAUCGUCAAACAAAGCGGAGGCAAGCCUGAUGUAAAUCAUCAUCAUGCGCAAUUGGAUGCUAUCAAGGCUGAAAUCGAAAAAGUCACUGCAGAUUUGGAUAACGUCAAGGCUUCUCUGUCGGGCUCUAUUCCUUCCAACACACCUGAAGGUAAACGUCGUGCGGAAUUGCACAGUGAAUUGGAAACCAUCAGACAAUCUCAAGCAGGUAGCAAAGGAGCACGCGGAAAGAUUUUAGAUGAUUUGAAAAGUCGUCAAGAUAACCUAGGUACAAAGAUCAAAGCUUUGCAAACAUCAAAAGCCAAAUCUGCCUACAAAUCACCACAAGAGAUCGAUGCUGCAAUCGCUCGUUUGGACACCCAAAUCGAAAGCGGUCAAAUGAAAUUGGUGGACGAAAAACGUGCUUUAAGCGAAAUCUCUAACCUUCGCAAAUCACGCAAAGCUGUGGAAGCAUUCUCGCAACAACAAAAGACCAUUGACACCGAACGUGAAGAAGUUGACAAAUUACGUGCUCAACUUGAUGAUCCUCAGAGCCGUGCCCUUUCCAAGCGAUUCGAUGAAAUCAAGAAUGAAUUAGAUGCUCUCAAAGCCAAGACGGAAAAGAGCGGUGAAAGUAGACAACAAUUGAUGACCAAGAGAGGAGAAUUGCAAACACACCUAGACAGCUUAUGGCAACGGAGAAGAGCACGUCAAGCCGCUUUCCGAUCCGAGAACGAUACUUUCCAAACAAAAAUUCGUCAAGAACGUGAAAAGCGCAAUGAGAAGUACAAAGAAGAAAAGCGUGCUGAAGAAGUCCGCCGCCGAAAGGAGGAAGAGAAGACUCUACGCGAAGAAGCUGCUUUGCCUGCUUAUGGAAAGGAGAUUGAAGAUUGUGACGUUUUGAUCCGAUACUUCUCCAACAAUGCUGGAGAAGCUCAAGAGAACGGUGCGAGCGAAGAAGCCAAGAAGGCAUUAGAAGGUGUCAAGCCUCUAGAGUUGCGUACUGUUGAUACAGAUGCGUUUGCAGGUGCAACGAUUGCAAAGAAGAAAGGUGAAGAUGACGAUGAGGGUUACUUUGUUGGCUCAGCAAAGAAGAACAAAGCCAAGGGAAAGAAGAAGAGCCGAGGAACGCCUUUGUCUUUGGGUAAUGACAAUGCAGGAGCAGAAGAACAACAAGUUGAAUCUGGUAAGCUCAAUGUCCCACUUUCUACCUUGUCUGCUUUGCUAUCUCUCAACAUUCCACCGCCAACCAACUCGAGCGACAUUGCCCGUGUGGUAGAGAACUUGCAGCGCAAAAAGGCAUUCUUCAUUGGUGAUCAAAAGCGCAAAACACAAGAAAACAUCGAACGUGUUGAGAAGAAGCUGCAAACGCUCAAUGUUGAUGAUGAAAGUGCAGAUGCAAGCAAA